GCUUGCUUCUCUGCCCCGCUAACCACUUGCACAUCCUUUGCCGGCGCGUCCGUCCCAUCCCCUGUAGAAUAUUACCGACCGCCACCUGCUGCUGAUGAGGUCGCCGUAAAGAGCCGCCCGUCCAUCCUCCUUCUAUCUCGCGGUCUACGCUGGCGAGGCUAGACUUAUCCGUCUAAUUCCCUCGCCCCCAGGUCGUCGCCGCCCCACUACCAACACGCCGGAGGAUUCGCAGUGAUGUUGGCCCGCGCCGUAGCCCUCGCCCAGGCUGGCCGAGGCGCCGGCCGCCGUUUCGCCACGGCAGUAGCUCGUAGCGCCACCGCGGCCCCGAAGAGGGUGGCCGCUCGCGUCUCCAUCUUCGGAGGCGCCCAGCCUACGCCCGGCCAGCUGAUGGCGACCGCACGUGGCUUCGGCACCACCUCUCGGGCCGCCGAGGACUCGCCCCCCGAGCAGCGAACCGCGCAGCCGCUCAAAGCUGCAGACAUUACGCUGGCCCAGUACCACAAGCUCGCCGACCUCCAGAUCGAGCACCUUCUUGCCAAGUGCGAGGAGAUCUCAGAUACCUCCGACGUUCUCGACGUCGAGUAUAGCUCAGGCGUGAUGACCAUCACUUACCAGGACGGCUUGACCUAUGUCCUGAACAAGCAGCCGCCUAACAAGCAGAUCUGGCUCGCCUCGCCGAAAUCCGGCCCCAAACGCUACGAUUUCGUGCUGACCAAGGAAGGCACCGAGAACGAUGAAACUCCCGUUGGCGACUGGGUUUAUCUCCGCGACGGCUCGACGCUCGCCGAGCUCUUUGAAAACGAGUUGCAAGUCCCCGCCGAGCCGCGGCCCAAAUAUCAAUGACUGGCUUUUCUGGCGUUGACCCCGUCUCACCUUUCCGGACCCCGGGUACGACGCUAUUAUUCUGCAUUUACGAAGCGGAGUCUCUUCUCUGGUGUUUGAGGUCAAAAUGGUAGACAGAAAAGGAAAACGCGAUGGGGAGCGAGAUAUAUUCCCUCGAUUCUCUCCUUUCUUCUGCUUCUCCCUCUUGGGGGGUGUGUACUUUUCGGAAUAUUUGGAGGCGCGACGUACGACUGAGAGGACUUUGAGGGUAUUCGUGGUCAUUAUACUAGCAACCACCUUGACAUAUUGCGUGCGGGGGAUCUCACGAUCCCGGGGAUAUCACUAGGCGUUUAUGGAACGACAUGCGCGCAUUUGUUAAUGCAUCUCCCAAGCCUCUACUCUCUCGUAAAAAUAUCCGCAAGUGUCUAGCUCCUAUGUACACAGAGACCCGUCGCUUGCACCUGAUGGUGAUGGACGGUAGGUACGUAUGAUCUGACGAUCGUAGGAGGCAGCCUGUCGGACGUCACGGCCACUUUAACGCCUUGAACACUCAGGCCCGUAGAGCCUGGUUUGAUACAAGCCGAUUGGCGAGCGGGGGAUAAAAUUUAAGUGCUUUUUAUGG